CCCACUCAUCAGUACUAUUAUUAACUGCUGAGUAUGAACAUUGUUUUUAGAAAAAUUGAUUGUAUUAUCCUUUCAGAUAUGCAAUGAAUAUCCAGUUGCAGUUUGCAGGACAUUCGAAAAUCUCUGCUUCCUUCAUUGGCAUAUCAGAAAAAAUACCAUAUACAGUUAAGACUUCCUUUAGAUAAGAUGAGGUACAAAUUUUCAUCAAAGGUUGAUAAUUUUACUCUAUGCUUGUCCUAAAGGAUGAUCCCCAAAUGAUCUGUGAUCUGUGAAUUUAAUUUAGAUCAGUGAUCAUCUGGAUGAUGACGAUGAUAAUGAUAGGCACAGUGAUUUGGGCAAUGACAUAGAGGAUUUAUGAAAGUGCUGUUUUGGCUAUUCAGUUUUGUGGACAUAACUGUACUAUAAAAUUGGUGCUUUUGUGCAGCCUCCUUCAUCAUAGUUAGUUUUACCUGUAGAAACGUGUCGAAUAACAAGCUCAUAUGUACAGCUAACAAGUAUUGUUGGUUGUGUCGUGUUCAAACAGUUCAUACUGUAAUCAGCAUAAAUUUGUAAAGUGUGUGCCUAAUGAAGGACAUGUGAAGGAAGAUUAAAGUUGUCAUAAAAUAGGCUAAAGAAUUGAAAAACUGUGCUGCAGCAAGGGCUUUCCGUAUAACAGAGAUGAUGGUGAGAGAUUGGUGAAAGAAUAAAGAUGCUAUUUAAGAAAUGCCAAUGAAAAAGUGUUCUAUGAGGAGAGCAAUAGCUUGUUAGCCAGAUUUAGAAAAUAGUGUUGCAGAAUUGUUGCUACAAGAAUCAUGAUUAGGGAUUAUGCAUUGAAGUGGGUGUGAGCCAAUCCGGAGCACAGCAAGAUGUUUGAAACAGUAGGUUUGUGCAGUCAUUUCAUGAACAGAAAAAUCUGGUAAAAUGGCAGAAAGCGAGUACUGUACAGAAAUUACUGAAAGAUCUUCACUGUAAAGUUAAGUUAUAAGUUUGUUUAUAUGAGUCGAAAUUACAACUUUCCACUAUCCCAUACUGGAAAUAUGGCUGAAACUCCAGUGAACUUCGAUAUAAUAAACAAUAGAACUGUGGAAACAAAAUGUGUAAGAACUGUUCAAAUCAGAAAUACAGGCCAUGAAAAGACCAUGACUACAGUAGUAUUAACAUGUGUGGCAGACAGAACAAAGAUAAAGCCUGUGGUCAUUUUAAAGUAGAAAACUAUUCCUAAAAUAAAAUUUCCACCAGGAAUUUUUGUACUAUGUCCCAAAAAGUGAUGAAUGGACAAUAAUGGUGUAAAAUUGUUAGUAGAAAAUGUGGCAGAGGCAACCAGGUGCUCUACGAAAUCAACAAGUUUACUUGUGUAGGAGAUUUUUCAGUCAUGUAACUAAGAAUACAAAAAAUUACGUAACUUGAAGCAAUGCCAAGAUUGCUGUUACACUGUAUAUUUUGACUUCAAUGCUACAACCUAUAGACGUCUAUUUUAAUAAACCAUUCAAAGACCACAUGUGUGAACAAUGGAACAAUUGGAUGAUGAGCAGUGAAAAAUCAUACAUGACAAGUUGGCUGCAUCACUUGAUGUUUUGUGUGAUUUCAUCAUAAAAUCAUGAGAAAAAUUGAAUGUGGAAACAGUGAUCACAUUCUUCAAGAAAUGGGGGGGGGGAUUUCCGGUGCUAUGAAUAGCACUGAUGAUUUGUUAUGGGAUACUGAUUAUGAAGCAGAAAUAGAUUCACAAGGUGCAGAAUGGGAGCCAUGUUACGAGCUUGCCAACAAUGCAAAUGAGGAUGUACUUCAGGAGCUGCAUUUUUAGCCAAUGAUUGUGGGGAUUUUGGAGUGUUUGAAAUGAAUUGGUUGAAGAUCCAUACGACAGACAGAAAUGGACCGCAUGCCAUGUGUUGGAGAUAAAUUGCACAGCCCUGCAGCUGAACGCAACAAAGAACCAAUUCUCGAGGUGUUAAUGCAGUACAUUUUUAACAACAAGGCAAAGGAAGAAGCUCUUACAGUACUGGAAAUAGCCUCGGGAACAGGCCAACACAUUGUGUAUUUUGCCCAAUAUUUUCCAGAUGUGCAGUUUCAACCAUCUGAAUUUGAAGAAAGCUACAUAAGAAGUAUUGGAGCAUACAUUUCUGAGAGUGGUGUCCGCAAUGUGCGUGACCCAAUUGUAAUCGAUAUACGUACUCCAUAUAGAUUCUGGGCCUUUGGAGCAAUCACAGAAAAUUCUAUGUCUUUUGUUAUCAACAUCAAUAUGAUCCACACAACUGAAAGUGAAUGCACUGAACACCUAUUCAAGAAUGUACAGAAAGUUCUGAAACCUGGCGGUCUAUUAUUCCUGUAUGGGCCUUUUGCAUUUAAUGGAGUUAUAACUCCAGAGUCUAAUGUUAGCUUUAACCAGAGAUUAAGACAAGAGAAUCCUGCGUGGGGCCUAAGAGACGUAGAAGAUCUCAAUGUAUUGGGAUUUAAAUAUGGUUUGGCACUAAUAGCAGCACACGAUAUGCCAGCUAAUAAUCACAUGCUUGUGUGGAAGAAAAAGUAAUUUCAUUGGAGAAUGCUUUUCAUUAACAAAAUUUGUUCCAUAUUUAUUUCAGUAUUAAUAAAUCAUAUGUUAAAGGUCAGUUUGGUUGUUAACAAUGCCAGUGUUGUUCCUGUGUAACAGUAUUAGCUGACGCUUAGUAGAAUGUUGUGUUCUUAAAAUAAGAUUGUCUAGUUGCAUGUAUGGUUAAUGGUUUGUGUUCUGUAAAGUCUGUGAUGUUUGAUUGUUUAAAAUUCUCAAGUAAUAGAAACAUUUGUGCUUUAUACAGGUACUAUAUAAUUUAUGCAGAUACUAUAACUGCAGGUUUUCAUUUGGUUUUGUGAAGCCAUCUGAAAAUGUCUGAGCAAAGUAGAAAAAGCAAAACUUUCAACUUUGUCAUUCAGUAGCAGAUUUUGACCUGAAACUUAUAAUCCAUAAGAGAAACUGUCAUGAUACUUCUGAUACAUUGUCCAGACACAAUGCACCCAAAUCCCACUGAUAACAAAGAAUCAAAUAAUGAACUGCAUAAACUCUGUGUACUCCACAGGAAAAGUUUUUCAGAUAUUUGCAUUCUUUGAGUCUAACUAUGAAAUUUCUGAAUUUUCAAAUGAAACUGUAUCCUUUGAUCUCAAAUAAAUGUCUUUAUUGUGA